CUUAGCUUGCGAAGGCCCUUCCCCGUGUAGGAGCGAAAAACGUUUCGUCUUUAUCAUAAAUUGAUACCCGGGAUAUUUACUUGCCUAUUUCCGUUUCUUCCCGGUUGGUGUGGGAAGAAAAAAAAACAACAUCGAAGCCUAUCCUGUUGCUAAAGGUUUUCGCAACGGUACACGGUGUUCGCGACCAUAUUUUUCCGAGGUAGCUUCUUCACGUUUUGCUCAUUCAUUUAAGGCAUUAGCACUGUACGUUGCUAUCACAAUAAUCAGAAGCGACAACAUCGUGAAGCGUAUUACUUAUCAGCUAUUUAACAUCAGUUCAUGAAACGCGCUUCGCAAACGUUCGCUCCGCUGUGCCGCCUAACGCAUCGCUUGAUGUUUAGUCAAUAGGAAAGGUAGCUUGAGGUGAUGUUUUAGCUUUGCGUGCGCGGUGAAUCGGUUUCGAUCGAAGGACAUUGAAAAGAUUCCAGCCGCUGCCAAGACUAAGGGUUCUUUAUUUUUAAUCCUUCUCUGUAACCAUCCCGUCAACCAUCAUCAGUGACAUUGCGCUUCGUACCGUAUUCACACCGCCACCGUGUUUGCCUUGCCCUGUGUAGUGGGUGGUACCGACCCUUCGUGUCCUCGUUUUUGUGAUGUGAUAUCGUAAGCAUAUCCCCGCCCCACAUUGCCCUACUGGGCUGGGUAUGCCCUGGUAUGAAUAUGCCAUGAAACGGGCCGUUUACGGGGUUUUGUGUAGGUUUGAGGCUUGUGUUGUGAGUUUAGCUUGACGGAGUGUAAAAUAAAUUAAAGCCCCCGACCACCUUCGGUCCGGCCGUAGCAAACCACCGACAGGAUCAAAGAGCUCAGCAUGAAAUCGGGAGGUUAAAUGGUUUCCCUGCGGAGCUUGUCGUGGAAUGUUCUUCUCUAGCCUUUGCUGCCGGGUUUUGUAGGAAGGCAAUCGGGAUUGACGAAUUAAGUGCGUGGCAGGUAGGAGUGAUGUUUUGGGAUGAACGACAAAAUGGAUGCCUUUGAUUUCGUUUAAUUGGACCAUGAAAAUCGCGGUGACCCUUGUAAACUAUAGCUACUAUAAUAGUCAUUUGUAUAUGGCGAAUAGAAGCAAUAGGUUAGGUUUAUCAGUUGACCUUUUUUUAUGGUCAUAAUAUUUUACCAUAGCAAAAGUCCCAAACAGAGGUCAAAAGCAUGCGGCACACUAGUAAAAUUGAAAAAUGUUAAAAACGAAACCACAAACAAUAAAGCACUCUACUAACAAAAAAAAAGUUGGGGCUUAAAAUCCCUUCCUGUUAGAUCUUCAUAGCUCUUAUCAAUAGUUGUACGGUACAUCUGCUUAGUUCCAGCUUACAAAGAUAAUGGUUUAGUGCCAAGAGUAGCUAUCAAAUGGUAUAAUCUUUACAAGUGCUCUUUUAGCUAGGUAUAAAGUACUUGAAAUUAAAGGUUUGUUUAGGUAUUUCAAUUCAUUUCGUUCCCUCUGUCUUUUACAAAUGGAGCACAUUUUAAAAGCAACACAAUUUUUCGUGAUUUUGUGCGUUGUUUUUGGUUUUGGAGUGAUAUGUACGAAAUCCGAGCAACAACUAACAAACCGAAUAGUUGGAGGCCAUGUAGCUAACAUCGAAUCGUACCCAUAUCAAGUGUCCGUACAGGAACUGAAUGUUCAUAUAUGCGGUGGAUCAAUAAUCACCAGUCGAUGGAUAUUAACAGCGGGACACUGUGUGGACGAUACUAUUGCGCGUUACAUGAACGUGCGCGUUGGUUCUUCAUUUUACAGUGAGAACGGAACUAUUUAUAAUGUUAAAUCAGCAGUCACACAUCCGAACCAUGUACCCUACAGCUGGAUAAUGGACUUUGCGCUUCUGGAGUUAGACGAUUCGCUAGUGUUUUCCUCUAUCGUGCAACCGAUAGCCCUGGCGUACCAGCCGGAAGAUCUGCUGUACGAUCUCGACUGUGUAGUGACCGGCUGGGGGCGCACUUUAAAUGACGAAGAAAGCUAUGAACAGCUACGUGCGGUAGAGAUUCCGUUGGUUUCACGUGCAUUGUGUAAUAUCACUUACGAAGGGAAGAUCGAUAUGGCGAUGAUAUGCGCGGGUGAUUAUGCUAAUGGUGGUAAGGGUAGUUGUGCGUACGAUUCUGGAGGUCCAUUGGUUUGUGCCGGUGUACAGGUUGGAAUCGUAUCCUGGGGUAAGGGCUGUGCUUUGCCCGGAUAUCCAGAGGUGUACAGUAGCGUUUUGUAUGGGAGAAGGUGGAUAGACAGUGUAAUAGCUAGUGUCCAGCCCUAAUAAAGUAGAUGUUUAUUUUGAAGCAAAAUUAAAAAUGUGAUAAUUGAGACUAGAAUCAAAAUGUUUAAUUAACUAUUUUUUAAACAAUUUAACAAACGAAACAAAACAAAGGAACAAGUUGACGUGAUCUAUCAAAUCGAAAGGAACGAAAUCAAGGAAAGAAACAAAAGGAACGAAAGUAAGUUCCCGUAUCUGUGGUAAACCGUUUCGAUUUUGUUUUUUUUUUCAAACUGAUCAUGAUUAAUAAUUACAUAUAUAAAUUUAGCUGAUCGGUUGUGUACACACGACCCAUAUCAAACACAUAUCAAGAAAUGUAGGAAACACAGCACAGUGAUAGAUUCGGUAGUAAACUACGGCCACCAUAUGUGGAUUACGCUUGUGCACAACGUCAUAGUCAUUAUAUGAGCUAAAUAUGUUGAGUAGUGGUUUUGAGGAAAAUGUGACCUGUUUUAUUCUAGUCUGUUUAGUCUCCUUCUGUCGUGUGGAGAAGACCAAAU